AGUUUCAGGGGAACUUAUCCUUGUUACGUUUGCUUGCUUGAAAAGCAUGUUGGGGCCACGCUCACAUGCUUCUGCAUGCACACUACAGAUAGGGGCAAGAUGCACACAACUUCAUCAAUGGCACAAAGGUAAGCCAGACAUUAGGCGCAUGAACACGCAGUUGCAUAAGUUGUGUUUUUAUAGGAAGGCUGCUAAUGUCCUGUCCUGCAUGCUCCCAUCACAUGUGUGGCUAAACUGUGAGGGGGAUUGGCUGUCUCCUAUGAUGUACUUUCACUUGUAUGUGCAAGGUAUGAUCAGCUACAGAAAACAUGGAGAAUGAGAUUUCUUUUUUUACGUUGAAGAAUGAGAAAAAGUCAUGCAUGACACCCAAAGAUCAACAAAGUGCAGGAGGUGACAGAGACAGAGGGGAGAGAGAGGGAUGGAGGUGACUGCAGAGAAGCGAGCAAGGGGGGGAUUUACCAUAACUCACAUGCUGCACUCGAUCAUUCGCUCUUUUGUGAGGCGCACAAUGAGAGCCAGGGGUACAGGGCUUAAAAAGGAUAGGCACACUGCUACAGCCAGCGACCCUGGAGAGACACGAGCCAAACCAGAGUUGCUGAAUGUUUAGGAGGACAGCGCUUUGCCCAGCUUCUCCAAGAUGCUGAACACCUUGGCGGGAGGAGGCACGCUCUGCGGCGUGGCUGCCCUCGUGCUUCUCAUCGUUUCUACGGCAACAGACUUCUGGAUGCAGUAUCGAUACUCGGGCAGCUCCGCCAAUCAGGGGCUUUGGAGGUUCUGCAUCAACCACAAAUGCCACGCUCACACCAUAACUGUGGCCUUCUGGGAUGCCACACGGGCCUUUAUGUUGCUGGCGGUGCUGAGCUGCUUCGCCGGCGUGGUGCUCGGCCUGAGCGCCUUCACUAAUGGCACAAAGAACAGGAGGGUCCGCACAGGUGGCAUCGCCCUCGUCCUGUCAGGUUUUCUUGCUCUGCUGGCUUUGGCAAUUUACACCGGAGUGACUGUCACCUUCUUUGGCAAACGCUUCUUGGACUGGCGUUUUUCCUGGUCCUACAUCAUCGGCUGGGUGGCCAUCAUUUUGGCUUUUGCAGCAGGUGUGUUUCAGCUCUGUGCUUACCAGCGGACCACUGCAGAACCUGCUCCUUCAAAUAACCCGGACAGCUGAACACAGAUGAUCACACCCAUCAGCUCGAAAGGCUGUUGCAAUGAAUGUCACCGCUGCUUUUGAGUCCCUAGAAUGGAAUAAAUAGAAAUCAUAAGGCUCCUGUGUGGUCUCACUGCAACACCAACUGACAACGAUCAGUUUUUAUCUCGACCUCAACAUUUAGAAAACACCUUACCGUUCUGCAGGACGCCAUAUAUUACCUAGAAGAGACUCUCU